AUGAUCAUCUCCCGCCAGGUGCCGGUCCUCUUCGAUGACGUGGCGGUGUAUUUCUCGGAGGAGGAGUGGCGCAGUCUGGAGGAAUGGCAGAAGGAACUCUACAAGGACGUCAUGAAGGAGAAUUAUCAGACUUUGGUGUUUAUUGGUCAGCCGAGAUCUGGUCCAGGGAUUGAGAGAGGUGAAGAUCCCUGCAUCAGGGCCCACCAGCUCUCCAGGACCCCCAGGAAGGACGUGGCGAGCAAUGUGCACACAGAGCGAUCGUAUCGAUCGAUACUUGAAGACGACUUGGAUAUGGGGAAACAGCUUACAAGCUACACAUGCCCGGAGACAGUUUGCUGGAGGAGGCGUAUGAGCAGCUCAACAGCCGCCAAACAAAUCAUGAUCGAAUAUAAAGAAUAUUUCUGGACCCCUCGAAACUCUUCGAAUUGU